AUGUCUAUUAAUCAAAGUAAAAUAAAGUUCAGCACUAAUUUUGAUAGCAAUGAUCAGUUUGAAGAAAAUAUAAAAAAUGAACAAGAUGUAUUGGUUAGCACAAAACAAAAACAUGAUCUAAAAUCAUUUAAAAAUUUGUCAACAAAAGAGAGUUUUGCUUCAUUUAAGUCUUCUAGUUUAUCAUUUCAAAUAUUUUAUGCCGAGAAAAAUGUGGUUGAACUUAUUAACAAGAGUGUGAAAAACGAUUGGAAUCUAGAUAAAAAGUAUAUGUAUACUAUUGAAAAAAUUGCAGUAUCUUCUCUAUUCGGUUGUGUUAAUCAUCAUUAUUUUAAAGCUGAAUUUUCGGUACCAACAGUUAAAUAUCCAAUCCCUCAAUUUACUUUAUGUAUUGAAUAUCAAUUGGAAACAGAUAAAAGAGUAUAUAUACUGGGCCAUCACAAGUUCAAUAAAAUUCGGUUUAUGCAAUUGUUUCGCAUUAAAGAAAUAGACAUUAAAAAAAUUAAAAAAAUUCUGCAUAAUUCUUAG